AGACAUACUUUCCCUCAUCAAAGCCGGGAAGAGAAAAAUAACUCCGAAAAGAAAGAGACGCCGAAAAUUCGAAGGGGAAGGGGAAAGCAAAGCAAAUGGCGGAGGCCGAGGGAAAAGCAAAGCAAAUGGCGGAGGGCCCGAGCAAGAUCGAAUCCAUGAGGAAGUGGGUCGUCGACCACAAGCUCCGAGCCGUAGGUUGCCUCUGGCUAGGUGGGAUCAGCAGUUCGAUCGCCUACAACUGGUCGCGGCCCAAUAUGAAGACUAGCGUCAAGAUCAUCCACGCAAGGUUGCAUGCACAAGGUCUAACCCUAGCUGCAUUAGUUGGUUCUGCAUGCGUGGAGUACUAUGACAAUAAGUAUGGUUCUUCUGGGCCAAAGGUGGACAAAUACACAAGCCAAUACCUGGCCCAUGCGCAUAAAGAUUAAGAUCUCCAUGUUGGUUCCUGCAUACCGGAUUAAUUUUGGACUCAACUCUGGGUGCUCAUGACCCGCCCGUCGAUGCUGGAUGUUUAUUCUUUUUGUUGUCUUAUUAAUUACAAAUUGAUGGUGUACUUACCAGGGAAAUGAUAAUGAGGGUAUAAUGCAGAUAUUGUCGUAUCUAACCUCACUUUGUUGACUCUCAGCAUCUUUGAAUAUUUUUAUAUUUUUUGAGAAAAGGAAAGGAGAUCCUGAUUUGUGCCUGAAUUUUGAAUUCUCUGUGCCCUGUAACUUUUGUUCUCUGUUCCUGUGCUUUAUGAUUACAAGGCAAAUGCAAAAAAGUUUUUAAGUU